AUUAAAUAUUCAUGACAAAAAAAUACAUGUGGGAAUAAACACUUGUGAAGUAUAAAGCUUCAUACAAAACAGAAAAUGUAAAAUCCGAAACAUCUACGUUAAGAUUUAGAAACUGAUAUAGGGUUCCAAUAAAAUUUCUUGUUGUAAUCAGACUGGUCACCUUUCUUGCACCGACCAAGAAAAACGCCAAUAAGAUGAAAAUUGACCAGUUGAGGAUCUGCUCUUCAUUUUGAGUCUACUAGGUGGGCGUGUCAAAGCAAAUUGAUGGUUUACAUACAAUUGAUCUGAGAUGGAAUGUCCAAUCUAAUUGAGAAUCAAUAGCGUGCAUCUCUUCACUAUGUGUCAUAACUCACACAUGAGUGAAAUAAUUGUUAAAUUCAGUCAUAGCAUGGUAAGUCUCGAUGGUGACCGACCGCUGCAAUCCCAUGUAACCAUAUCACGACAGUCCUAGACGUUGACCCACAGUUCCAAUGCCAUAAACAUACUUUAUCUUUGAGAUGAACAACAAUACUUAGUUUUUAGAUAUUUUGCCCAACACCUCAAACUUAAACAGAGUAGGAGGCUUAAUCAAACACAUACAACACACACAAGAUCAAAACAUUACAAGUACAAAGUGAAUGUAGAGUAUGAAAACAAUAGAAGAAGAAAUGUCAUUUGGAACAUACACUUCUCUAUAUGCAUUUGUAUAUCCAUGUUUGAUGAUAUCAGCAACUCCAUCUAUUGUGUCUUGAUGAUUGGAGACCUUGUUUGACAUUAAGAGAGCAUAACAACCAAAAUCAAACUUGCAAAAUAAUAUACAUUACAUAGGCAUUAAGUAGCCAAUAAGUUCCGAUUAAUAGCAUCAUAGCAGAACAGGUAACACAAACCAAUAUAUAUGCAAUUAACUAUUCUCAGUGAUGAAAUUAAAUCAAGAGGUCUUCGAGAAACUCCGAUCCGGAAUGAGGCGGCACACAUGGUCACGACAUCUUAUUAUAGAAGUCAUGAUGCCGAUGAAGUAUUCCGAUUCCGUGGUCGGGUCGGCACUACACUAGAGGUAUAAGGCAAAGGGUUUGAAAGCUCUUGAAACCAGAGGGAUGAGUGAGCCAUUAGAUCCCAGCCGCAGAGUCACCGCCGAGAGACGCCGAUAUCAAUGCUAAAACCGGAAUGCGACGAGACGGGAGAGAUAGAGGAGUUUGGGAAGUUAUUUUUUAUUUUUUAAUCUGGAAUAUCAAAGUGAGGGUAAUAAAGGAAAACAAAAAUAAAGUUUCCUAAAAUAGAGCUAAUUAAAUCCCACGCAUGGAAAAAACAUUACUCAAUCCUAUUUUUGUAAAGUUCCUUUGAUUUGAUCUUAUUUGGAGCAAUUCUCUCUUACUCAUUAUAUUACCCGUUCAAUACGGGAAUUCCCAUUUUGAUCAGUGAGAUGUGGUGCGGGUGUUAAUCAGUAGGCCAUAAUUGCCUUCUCUAUCGAUCAGUUUAUAUUAAUAACAUACUAUAUAUAGCUUACAAUAUUUCUAAAAAGAUAUAAAUGUACUUGUAGUAUUUUAUUAAACAAGUUCACGGGUUAGAUACUACGGAGUACAUAACUCACAAGUUUUUAAUUACUCGCUGUUGAGGAUCGAUUCCGUCACCAAAUUCCGGCUCAGGCAGUCCGGUCGUCGAAUUUUCGGUUGUCUCUUGUGCACACCUAGAAUAAGGGAGCAACACACCUUUCUAGCCUCGACAACUGUCACUCUCUCCUCACCAAGAAGGAUGUAUAAUUUGGAUCACACUGAUAUUCACUCACCUCAUCAUGCUCUACUCCUUACUCACACAAAGGGGUCAGGAAGAAAGAGAUUAGCUGAGCUAUCUCUUGUACACCCCACGUUACAACAAGGGUGCACGGGUUGUCCUUAUAGCAUGGGAUUUUUGGUUUAAUUAGGACUCAAAGGGACACUCAAAUAAUACACUCCACACACAACUCUCAUCACUAGCUCAAUAAUAAGUUCAAUUUGAAUUCUAACGGGAGAGGCAAAUACUGAUAAGCCAGACAGAUAAAUGGGUACAAUGUAGUGAGUUGCUAGAAAGUGUGUUAACCAUUAAUAUACCAUAAACGUUUGGACGAACAAUAUAUUAUCACUCGUAGUAAUGAGUCAUAAAAUGAGUCAAUGCGUGGGAAUAUAGAAUAUGUUCCCAACAUAAAGUUUCGACAAAGUUGUGUUUUACACACCAUAAUAACGUAGUUAGUUUAUACUAUUACGGAAUCAAUAUUUUUUUAAAAACAAAAACUUUCAAAUAAAGAACUGAUUUCAAGAUUUAGUCCGUUAAAAUCCUAAAUUAUUGUAUGUGAAAUAGUCGAAUGACUUCAAAUUAGCUUUCUAAUUUUCUAAUGAUAUGAAAAGAUUCAAAUAGGCAAUUCUGAAUUCAGUUUCAAUCAAAUUUACAAAUAAAUUGACUAGAGUUGUCAUUAGAUGUUUUGGUCAAAUAAGAAACAAUCCAUUAAAGGGAAAGCGGUGGCUUUGUAGCUGUACAAUACCGCUAUUUAAAGAAACAAAUCAGUAAAUAAAUGAAAUAUAUAGAUCUAAAUAUGGAGACUAAUGUUAUACGGGUCGAGUAAAGUGAUCUAAAUAUUAUAUCCUCAAAACCCCACUCGUACCGACUUUUUAUCCACCUUUCAUUUGCAUGUGACGACUCAAAUUGUCCAAAGUGCUGAAAUGGAGCCUAAAGCGGAAGCGGUAUGUAACCUCUACAGAUAUAGGGGUGGUUGGAUCUGAUUUUAAAACUGUUUCUGCCGCUUCAAAGAGCAGAAGUUAGAGUAUUGGGGUGAAGGCGCAAAAAUACUUAUGAUACUCUAAUUUACUCCUCGAAACAGUUUUGUAGAAGCUGGGGAACUAAUUUGUGAAAACUGAUUCUGAUUCUGCUUCUACUUUAAAAAAGAAGCACAUUAGUUCCAAACACCCUCAUAUUUCACUUGUGUCUUUCAUCAUUCAUAUUCUAUAUUUCUUGAUUUUUUCAUUUAAUCUCUUUAAUUUGGAGAACUGUAUUAGGGUUGUGUCUUGAAAGUAGACGUGCAAUGUCGUGAAUGUAAAAUGAAGUUCAUGGAAGUGCUCGCUUCAAUUUCUGGUAUUUAAACUCCACCCUUUUCUUGAUUAAAUAGCAAUAUAAUUAUUUCAUGGAGAUUAAGAGAACUAGCGUGGUAGAAAAUGAUGGAAUUGAAGAACAUAAAGUAUAAAAACAUUGAAAAAGAAUAUGAAAAGAAACACUCCCUUUGUCUCAUUUUACCUAUCUUACUUUCCUUUUUGGAUUGUCCCAAAAUAAGUGUCACAUUUUCUAAUUUGGAAAGAAAUAUGUGGUCUACAAAAUUUUACUUUAUUAUACUCAAACACCAACCACAAUUUUUACGUUUUCAACCACUUUAUUAAUAAUUGUGUCAAACCAAAGUACGACACAUAAAAAGAGACGGGAGAUAGUACAAAAGUUUUCAAAACUUGUGACUUAUGGCCUUGUGGGGGGGGGGGGGGGGGGGGUGACCGGGAAUCAGCGGGCAACCCGCAACCGGUAUUUUGUGUAUGUCAUAGGUGUAUUAGCCUAUUACGUGUGCUAAACUAAUACUAUGUAUAUAAAGUCUUGAACUACUUAUGUUACGUUAACUUCUAGAAACUUAAAAUAUUAACAUGUACCAGAAUAAGAGGCCUGAGGCAGUUUGACAACACUGUUUUUCGGCUUAUCAGACUUAUUAGCCAAAUUUUUCACCAAACACGUAACUUUUGCUUUCGCGUGCUGAAUUAUGUAAUAAACAUAAAAAGUAAGGUUGAAGUUACUUUUCUGGCUAUAUUGGCCGAAGUUACUGUAGAUGACUAUUUUAGCUAUUUUUACAUAUAAUUUUUCUUUAUUUUAUUAAUAUAAUAUAUUUUAAAAAUAUUUUUUCCUUAAAUCAGCAGAAUCAGCCAAUGCAGCCAUUUUAGCCAGAACUUCAUAAAUUUCAGCAGAAUCAGCCAAAUCAGCCGAUUUUCGUGCUACCAAACAGGCUCUAAAUUAAGCUCCAAUGAACAAUUGUAUCAUGAUAAGCCUAAAAAUGAGCAUACAAAUUACUCCAUACAAGAUUAUAAUUACUCAUGUACGGAAGAAUGUAUUAAAGCUAUCCCACAUGAGUUGCCUCUAAAAAUAUAAAACAAGUUAACCUUCUUUAGAUGAACCUCAAAUCUUAAAAAGGUAGAUGCAAUUUAGGUACUCCGUACAGGGAGCAAGUAACCCCAUUUAGGCAUUUAGAGGGUAAAACAUUGUAAUAUAUGGUAUUCAAGUGAAACACCUAUAUUAGUAUAUUCUACUCUAGAGCAUCCUAAUCGAGUAUGCAAUUUCAUUUGUUUUAAGUUUAUUACAAAUAUAGUUAGAGUAAACAUAUAAUUAAGUCAACUUUUCAGCAAAAAAAAGUCACCAACUUUCGUCAUUUAAUUGAAGGUCAUCAAACGGGCUCUUACUCUUUUGAAUAGUAAAAAAAACUGAUGGAAUUACACAAUGUUCCAACAUCAAAGUAAGACUUUUUUAUUGUGUUGUGUUUGGUGACGUGAUGAUGUGAAGGGGUAUAUUCUGUGAACAUUGAUGCGGAACAAGGGCUUGCAACGGUGGUGGGUGAAGUGGAACCAAACGCUUUGUUAAGAGCACUAUCAAAAUCAGGAGAACAUGCAGAGUUGGUCCGGGUAACCUUAAAGGAUCCCAGAAUGAACAGAUAUUCCAACAAUGAACCAUCAUAUGCUUAUUCUUCUCCUUAUAAUAAGUCAUAUGACAAUGGCAACUACAACAAUUAUGGUUACACUGCAAUUGGGGACUCCAACAUUAGAGGUAUGUUUACAAUGUUAAUUACAUACUUAGGAUGUUUUUACUUGGACUGAAAUUUGCUGGUCUGGUCUGGUCUCUGUGUAUUUUAUAACUAUGGAAGUCUGGUCUGGUCUGGGACUGAAAACAGUCCAAGCAAAAACAUUAGAUUUAGUUCCGUAAGUUUUAACGUCUUUAUUAGUUUUGUAAUUUACCCAUUUGAUUUGCAUAUUUAGUCAUGUAACUAAUGAAUUGAUCAUCCACAGUACUAUUUCCGGUGAAAAGUUCAACGCCGACGUUGACUUUUCUGUUCUAUUAUUUGUAAGGCACUUUAAUUUUGGUGAAUUUAUACUUGGGAUUAUGUCCUGAAUAUUACUAACUUUGAACCAAUUACUAAAAAAGUGAUCACUUUUAAAAAGGGGCAGAAAAGUGAUCAAGAAGGUCAUAUCAAUGUCAUUCCCAGAUUUUAAUGUCACUAUCCUAUUUUAAUGUCACUAUCAAAUGUCACUGCCGCCACCGCCUGUGUCACUGCGGCCACCGCCCGUGUCACUGCGGCCACCGCCCGUGUCACUGCGGCCACCGCCCGUGUCACUGCGGCCACCGCCCGUGUCACUGCGGCCACCGCCCGUGUCACUGCGGCCACCGCCCGUGUCACUGCGGCCACCGCCCGUGUCACUGCGGCCACCGCCCGUGUCACUGCGGCCACCGCCCGUGUCACUGCGGCCACCGCCCGUGUCACUGCGGCCACCACCCGUGUCACUGCGGCCACCGCCCAUGUCACUACGGCCACCGCCCGUGUCACUGCGGCCAAUCACCACAGUGACAUCUUCGCCUGGCCUUUCACCACAUUGACUUCUCUCCGCCUCCGGCCACCUCCGCGGCCACAGUUACACCACCACAGUGACAUCUUUUCAGUGACAAUUAUUCCACAGUGACACACAAUUAUUCCGGCCACUUCAUUCUGGCCACCACGAAUCACCACCACCAAUCAUUGUGCCUCCCUAUACACUCCACUUCCACUGUCCUAUCCACCCAAAUGUUCAUCACCGGAAAACCCCCAUCCCUUACCUCUCCACCCAAACGCCCAGAACCCGAAAACCCCACAUCCCCAUCCCUUGCCCACCAUCUAAACAUCCAGCACCGGAAAACUCCCCAUCCCUUGCCCCUGACCUGCCCUCAAUCACUUCCCAAGCUUCAACUCCGACCACCCGCAGUAACGAUUGUUCAAGUCACCGGAGUCCUUCCAGCACGUGACCGGCCUCUCAGCCCCAGUCCCGAUGUAGCAAACCUAGCCACGACCUGCAACAAACGUUCCGCCUACAAUCCAAUAGAUCUGGGAUUAGAUCUGUGCGAUUGAGUUUUAGGGGGAGAACUGGAGAAGAGAGAUGCAACGCAGACCGACGACUCUCGCGGCGGCGACACUCCUUGAGCUCCGAUGGCGUAUGCAACUCUGCACUCUAACGAGCUCCCGUACCUGCGACGAACCAGCCUCAAUGGAUGAAGAUGUUGGCAUCCACCUCCCCAUUAACCACAAAGAAAAGAGAAGGAACAGAAAUCACGCAGAUGGGAAGGGCGACGUCGACCGGCACGAAGCAGAGAAGAGGAUGGCGGCCGCCAAAGGCGUCGGUCCCCGCCUGUGAAGUCGAUGAUGGAGGAGCUAUGGAGUAGAGACCCGCUGCGAUCGACCAUUCCCAGAACCGUAGAUCUGAUGAGGAGGCAGCAUAGAUCUCAAUCAGGAGCUUAGAUCUAAUUAGAUUUAGUCACUUUUUUGCAAAGUUUUAAAAUGGUCAUAUUUUUGAAAUUGGAAAGUUCAAUGGUAAUACCGGAGUCAUUCUUUC